AUGAAAGUAUUCCAUAUGGAGAAGAGCCAUCUCGAAUGGGUCAUUGGAAAUUCACAAGUGAACACCGAAACCAAGAUAUCACAAUUUUCCAGCCCCACCAAAUCAAAACCCAUAGAGGCUAUUCAUAAUCUAAACAGGGAAUCUACUCAGAAGAAAGAUAGGCUUUUCGAAAAAUGCUGGGCAUUAUGGACCCAGCUUUUGUCUUUUGAUAUCAACAAGGGCCUUAUUGGAGCAGUAUACCACUCGGUUUACACUCCCGCAAAGUCUGUUGCGAAGAUGAUUUUUGUUGUUUUUGUUCUGAUUCCACUAAAUGUGAGCUGGGUCAUCUUUUGCUUGUUCUCGUUUGUUCCUCGUGUAUUGAUCAAGAUCUUUGUGGUCGCUCCAAUUCUGAUCGUGGCAGAUUACAAGAAAGAUAGCGAGUACAAGUCAUACAAAGAAUAUCGAGCAACUCAUGAGAUACCGGUUUUCAAAGAAAAUGCAUCUACCACCAUUGCAAAUAAGCUACUUGAACGCAUCAAUCGUGCAGAUUCCAAAGAUUAUGUUAGUGCUUAUCAAAGAUGA